AUGUCCACCCUCGAUGUCCCUUCUUCACGAAUUCACUCAGCCCCAGCCUGGAAGAGCGUAUUCCGAAUACCUCGUAAACCCAGCGGGCCCACACUAUCGCUAGAUACUCACUCUCUUGCCCCUGCUCCUUCACUUACCUCAGCAACAACAUCGACAACAACCCCAGCCUCUUUCUACGAAACCUCAUCCGACUCUACUUCCUCAGACAGACCAAGACCACCACGCCACCAAAAGUCCGUCGAUGCUUUGGGUAAACAGCGGUCAAAACCCGACAAACGGACCGUUACACCUUCCAAUAACCGAGCCACUCCUCUUUCCCCCAAGGCCAUGGGUGCUUCAGCCUCCCGUUUCAUACGUCGCGUUGCCUCCGCUCCUAAUGCCAAGGGUCUCUUCUCUGGGCACCGUUCAAAUACCAAGAACGGAAUGUUGGCACCUGCCGACAUAGUUCCCCCAGUUCCCCAUGUCGGCUCUCUUGAACACGGUACCGAUUCGCUCGAAACAAUCUCCUCUGGCUCCUCACGCGGCCAAAGUCGACCGAAUCACCUUGUCGCACCGCGAGUUAGCAAUGGGAUGUUGGAGGGUCCGGGCAAAGUUGCUUUUCGGAGGACUUAUUCUAGUAACUCAAUAAAAGUCCGGCAGCAUCUCAUUCUCUUCGUCCAGGUCGAGGUGGGGCCGUCGAGCUUUGUUAAGAUUAAGAUGCUUGGAAAGGGCGAUGUCGGCAAAGUAUAUCUCGUGAGAGAAAAGAAGACAGACAAACUCUUCGCAAUGAAAGUGCUCUCGAAAAAGGAAAUGAUCGAGCGCAAGAAGAUCAAGCGAGCAUUGACGGAACAAGAGAUUCUCGCGACGACAAAUCAUCCGUUUAUCGUGACGCUAUACCAUUCUUUCCAGUCCGAGGGCUACCUGUUUUUCUGCAUGGAAUAUUGCAUGGGAGGCGAGUUCUUCCGCGCACUUCAAACACGGCCCGGCAAAUGUUUGCCCGAGGACGCUUCCCGGUUUUACGCGGCCGAGGUCGUAGCGGCAUUGGAAUAUUUGCAUCUCAUGGGUUUUAUAUACCGGGACCUCAAACCAGAAAACAUCCUGUUACACGAGUCGGGCCACAUUAUGCUGUCCGACUUUGAUCUGGCGAAACAGUCGAACGAUCCUGGUAGCAUGCCUGUGAUGAUACAGUCAGAGACCAAUGGGGUCCCACUCGUGGAUACCAUGUCAUGUACAGCCAACUUUCGGACAAACUCAUUCGUUGGAACGGAAGAAUAUAUUGCACCGGAAGUCAUUGCUGCUCAAGGCCACACGGCGGCUGUUGACUGGUGGACCCUCGGCAUCCUUAUUUAUGAGAUGAUAUACGCUACGACGCCAUUCAAGGGCUCAGAGCGUAAUGACACGUUUGCUAAUAUCCGUGAUAAUGCGGUCCAGUUCAGGGAGUCGCCCAAAGUCUCACCAGCUGGCAAGGAUUGCAUCACAAGGUUAUUGGACAAACGGGAAAAGACGCGGUUAGGGAGUAAGAGUGGUGCGAGCGAGGUCAAGCAGCACAAGUGGUUUGCGAAAAUCAACUGGGGACUGCUACGCAAUACCCGACCGCCGAUCAUUCCAACCGCGUCAAACGGCCAAGAUGCGGUCAACUUUCGACAUAUGAAGGAGUCCCAUUCGCUACAACUAGAUGGAGACGAUGGAAACUGGCGGAGUCGAGGGGUGGACGAUGGAGCAUUUUCUGCAUUCAACAGUGUUACACGGUUAAUUGAGAGCUGA